CAGAGAGGGCGGGGUGGACAGAGAGAGAGAGAGAGAGAGAGACCUUCAGACUGACCAACUCAAGAGUAAGCCAGUCCAGCAGCAACCAUGGCCCUACUCAGAGGUGUGUUCAUUGUUUCUGCCAAGAGGACCCCAUUUGGGGCUUAUGGAGGCUUGCUCAAGGACUUCACCGCCACAGACCUCACGGAGAUCGCAGCACGCUCGGCCCUGUCUGCUGGCAAAAUCUCUCCUGAAAUAAUUGACAGCGUGAUCGUAGGCAACGUCAUGCAGAGUUCUGUAGAUGCUGCUUACCUCGCAAGGCACGUCGGCCUGCGGGUCGGAGUGCCAAUCCCAGUUCCUGCUCUAACAGUCAACAGAUUGUGCGGGUCAGGAUUCCAGUCUAUCACCAAUGGAUGUCAGGAAAUUUGCCUUAACGAUUCAGAAGUGGUGCUGUGUGGUGGAACAGAAAGUAUGAGCCAGUCUCCGUACGCUGUUAGAAACAUCCGCUUUGGAACAAAAUUGGGAGCCGAUCUCAAGCUAGAAGACACAUUGUGGGCUGGGCUAACGGACCAGCAUAUUAAGACGCCUAUGGGCCUUACGGCUGAAAACCUGGCUGCAAAAUAUAGCAUCACAAGGGAGGACUGUGACAGGUAUGCGUUGAAGACGCAGCAGAGAUGGAAAGCAGCUCAUGAAGCUGGUCACUUCAAAGCUGAGAUGGCGCCCAUAGAAGUGAAAACCAGGAAAGGUAAACAGAGUAUGGAACGGGACGAGCACCCCCGACCCGAAGCAACGAUGGAACAGUUGGGAAAGCUCCCUACGGUCUUCAAGAAAGACGGCACAGUCACGGCUGGGAAUGCCUCGGGAGUGUGUGAUGGAGCUGGAGCACUGAUCAUAGCGAGCGAAGAUGCCAUAAAAAAGCACAGCCUCACUCCAUUGGCUAGAAUUGUCGCCUAUCAUGUAACUGGAUGUGACCCCAACAUUAUGGGCAUUGGUCCAGUACCUGCCAUCACUGAAGCCCUGAAGAAAGCUGGCCUUUCUCUGAAAGAUAUGGACUUGGUUGAGGUCAAUGAGGCUUUUGCUCCACAGUACUUGGCAGUGGAGAAGGUUUUGGGUCUGGACCCUGAGAAAACAAACGUCAACGGAGGAGCCAUCGCUUUGGGCCACCCACUGGGUGCAUCAGGUUCAAGGAUCACUGCUCAUCUGGUUCAUGAACUAAGGCGCCGUGGAGGUAAAUACGCAGUUGGUUCCGCUUGCAUUGGAGGUGGCCAAGGUAUUGCUGUCAUCAUUCAGAACACGGCCUAAAGGACAGUAUAAAGUCUACAGCGAAUUAACACCGUAGUCUUCACCAACUGUUACAUGCCAACUCAAAGAAUUUAGAGGGAAGAUGAUCGCUCUGCUUGUGUGCAACUUCAGAAACUGAGUUGUUGUAUUAACCAUCUGGCAAAGAGGGCAAAAUCUUUAAAAAAAAAAGAAAAUGAGUAGAUGAUCUUUAAUUCCAUUGUGUGAAUCUAGCUAUAACCUCCACUGAUCUACUACCUCCUGCUGAAUUUCAUUUUGAUCCCGUAACAGGAAUUUUCUUGAAUAGAUAUUAAACUGCCAAGUAUCUACUAGGCACGCCUUAAACCACAGCAGAGAUGUACCUAAAGCCAGAUAAUUUAUCCACAUUGUAUUCCAAGCUGUUUCAUCAUCUCAAUGAAAGACUUCUGUAAAUGUAGGUCAACAAGGAAUUUUGCAUUGCCAGAAAAGGCAAGUUUUUAUUAAAUGGAUUUCGCAUAAAACGUGUACAGGUGGUGUAUUCUAUGUUAAAAGCUAAAACAAAGUGUAACAAAACCAACGUGCCUCUCCAAACAAAAAUAAAAUCAUAUUGAAUUAAUCCAAAG